CGGCAGCGCGGGAACUCUGCAGUAUUCAAAGUUUGACAGCGACAGAAACGGUAUCAACACAAACGAAAUAAACAAAACGAUCAAAAUGUCACUCGCGCCGUAUUGGUUUCGUCAUCUGAGGAAUCUGGCGACUCGAGAUCCAAUCGCCAGGGCUUUCGAAGAUCCUUUCUCCGUGUUUAUGAGGGACCCGUUCUUCAGAGAUCCAGUGAAAUUCAUCAAGGCAGCUACCGCACCUCUCGAUCAUGUUGAGGGCGUCUACUCUGACCACGAGCUGAAGAUUGACGGGAAGAAGGUGGAAGUGCACCUGGAUGUUCAGAAUUUCACUCCGGACCAGAUUCAAGUGAAGACUGUGGGGAACGAGAUUACGGUGGAAGGCAAGAAGGAGAUUAAGAAGGAAGAUGGUUGGACAAGGAGUCAUUUUGAAAGGAGAUUUUUGUUGCCUGAUGGAUUCCCCCCGGAGCGUGUAGAAUGUCAUCUUGACAAGGGAAAGUUGAAGCUGAUAGCGUUCAGGGCAGAACCGUUGGAGGAGCGAUCCAUUCCCAUCCAGGACAAGUCUAGUGGCAGCAGCGAGAAUAAAUCGUAGAUAUCUAGGCAGUGGAAUUAAAAUAUUCUUUUAACUUUUUUAGUUAAAAUCUUUCAUAGACUGAUUAGUUUAGUUGUACAAACGGUACCUAUCAAUCUGUUUCGAUACUGUGAUUUACUUUUUUAAAUUGAUUUAAAUGAAAUAAAUGCUUAAAUCUACAUUGUU